AGCCCCGGGGCUGGCGCGCCACAGGUUACCUGAGUGCAGCCGAGCGGCGCUGGGGGCGGAGGCAGCCCCGCUGCCCAGCAAAUGGCUGCGCAAGGGCAGCUGGAGGACUCGCGCGGGGGGCAGCGCGCGGGCCCCCGCCCCUCAUAAAAGCAUCUGCGCUGGGCUGGGCGCGGGCUGCUUGCUGCACCCUGGGCUUUGUCCGCGCGCGGGGCAGCGGGAGGGGGCCCAGUGCGGGGCUGGGAGGCGGCGGCGACGACAGACGCGACCCUAAGCUCGCAGGGGGGAGUGGCCCAUUGCAAAUGCAAUCGGCCAGGGCGUGUGUCUCGCAUGCACGCUAGAGCCUCCGGAUGGUCAGGCUUUGUCCCCUGCUAAUGACCGUGCUGCUGCGGGGGCUGAAGGGAGCAUGACUUUGUAAUUCCCUUCCUGGGUCUCCAGCCGCAGGAAGGAGGCUGAUUACCAACUGGGGAUUUGUCCACUCAGCCCAGGCCUGUUGGGAGCCAGGGAGACGGGCUGGAGUUGUUGCUGCUGCCAGCGUCCUUACCCAACACACCAACAACAGCCUACCCUUCUGGCUUGAGAGGAUGGCUGCAGAUCAGGCAUUUGUGACCCUUGGUACAGAUGACGUUUAUUGCCAAGGAGCUUUGGUUCUUGGACAGUCCUUGAGGAAUCACAUGACAUCUAGAAAGCUGGCCAUACUAAUUACACCACAGGUCUCCAGUGUCAUGAGGGCUGUCCUCUGCAGUGUGUUUGAUGAAGUGAUUGAAGUGGGUGCAAUUGACAGUGCUGACUCGAUGCACUUGGCUCUGCUGGAGAGGCCAGAGCUGGGUGUAACCUUCACCAAACUUCACUGUUGGACUCUCACUCAGUAUAGCAAAUGUGUCUUUAUGGAUGCAGACACUUUGGUGUUAUGUAACAUUGAUGAACUGUUUGAACGGGAAGAGCUUUCAGCAGCUCCUGAUUCUGGCUGGCCAGAUUGCUUUAAUAGUGGCGUAUUUGUCUUUCGACCUUCUGUAGAAACUUAUAACCGUCUGCUGCAGUUUGCUACUGAAUAUGGCAGCUUUGAUGGUGGUGAUCAAGGCUUACUAAAUAGUUUCUUCAGUAACUGGGCAACAACAGAUAUUGGCAAACAUUUACCAUUUAUCUACAACUUAAGCAGUAGUGCUAUCUACACGUAUGUUCCUGCUUUCAAACAUUUUGGCAGAGAUGCAAAGGUAGUUCACUUUUUGGGGUCAGCAAAGCCCUGGCACUACGAGUACAACCCUCAAACAAGAACAAUUAUGCAGGAUGGCUCCACCUCAGGAUCUCAGCAUCAGUUCUCAUAUCUUGUACUCUGGUGGAAGAUAUACUAUGCUAGCAUAUUGCCUUUGUUAGAAAAACUUCCAGAGAUGGAAGACAUGGAAUCCCAGGGACAAAAGCACAUUUUCAAUGGAGAUGAAAUUAGACCGAAAAAUGAGAAUCCUCUUGUUAUCAAUUCUCUGCAAAUCCCUGUGUUUCCAGAACAGACAUCUGAAAUAGACAACACUACUUGCCCACCUGAAGAGUUUGAUACUAAAACUCCACCUGUACCUCAAGUUGAACAACACAAUUCUGAAGUCCGUCUCCCUGAGCCAGACCAGCCAUUAGAACAGCUUGCCUUUCAUCCUGCCCCUCAGCAAACCUUGAAACUGGAUGAGACUACCCAUCUUAUUUCUGAGCUGUCCACUCAGCUGAAACUGGAAGAGCCAAAUGCAGAAGAUGAACGGAAGAAGUGGGAGGAAGGCCGUAUGGACUACAUGGGGAAGGAUGCUUUUGAACAUAUUAAAAAGAAAUUGGAUACAUUUUUAAAGUAGACUUAAUUGUAAUGCAAUAUAUUGACCAGCCACUGUUUGCAUUUGUGGUGUACAUGCAACCCCUGGGAUGUUUAUCUUCCUUUGAUAUUGAAGUUAAAAUGGACCUCCUCUAUUUUAAGAAAAAAAUUGCAAACAUAGCACCACUAAUUUUUUAACUCUGGUGUGUGCCUCAUAUUGAUUGUUGACCUAGAGUGCCUCACGAAAUAGUAGUGCAGAAAUUGUGACAUCUCCACUUGAUAUCCCUGCAUUAAGGAAAAAGUCCUAUAGUAUUCUGCAGUAAUAUCCAAAAUAUUAGAACUGAUAACAUUAAACUUCCAGAGGAUCCUUAGAUUAAUCUAGAGGAUUUCCACCUUUAGAAAAUGUUGCAAAACCUUUUUUAUGAAAGCUUUUCCACUGGAACCAAAGUGACAUUCACACCAUUAACCAUUAUACAUAAGCUGACAAAGGGGAAAAGCCAAAGGAGGAAACCCUGGCUCCACUGAAAUCAAAACUCCCGUUGACUUCAGUGGGGCUAGGCCUUCACCUGGAUACUCCAAGAAGUCUACUUGCUCUUCUACUUUAGGUGGAAGGUGCUCAGGUACAUAGCUAAUGGGCAACAGUACAACUCUAAAAUAGAUGGUAAUGGUGUUACUAGUUUCUUUUGGAUCAUUGCGAUAAACUGCUACAGGAUUUUUAUAUGUUACCUCACUCUGUAUAUUCAGGGUUUCUCAUGUUUUAUUAUGUAUUUUAUUAGCUAAAUGGUUGAGAGAGAAAAAAACACUGUAUAGGCCUUCAUAACUAACAGCUGUUCUGCCUCAUUGUGGUGCUUGAAAUGAAUUUGUUUACUAGUGCUCCAAACUGCAUUUCACCAAGGCACUAAAUCCAUUAGAUGGUACUUAUCUAUAUUGCAGGCAGUUUGGGUGCAUCUGAGACAGAUAACUGAUACCUAUUUAAUAAAACAGCUAUUUAUUAGCUAUAAAUUAAAGGCCUAUUUCCAGAAACCAAUACAACUGUGUGUAUGGUUACUGUCAGUGGGACCGUGCUGUAUUAACUAUACUUGUGAGGGUACUCCUUUGCAGAUUUGGGCCUUUAGAUGUAACUUUAAUCGUGUUGUUAAAUAAAAAUAAAUACAUUUCAGAAGACUGAGAAA